UGGGGGCGUGCUCACGAGCCGAAGAUAUCAUCCAUCGUCCCGGCCCGAGCAGGCGUUCAUCCGGGCUGACCACCGCGGCGGCUGGACGCUCAACUUCCCGUACACGACGCUCACGGACGACGGGAGACAAAACCAGUAAAAGACCGGCCGGCGCACGGAGGACGUAAACACUGCCAUGCCCCGCUUCCUGCGUCACCCCCCGGGCUACGAGGACGAGACCGCCUCCUCCAUAGCGAAGGUGAAUGUUUGCGAGCCGAAGUUGCGGUCCGGACUGCUGCGUGCUGAGCGGCCAUGAUGCAGACAGCAUCCUGCGACCUCUUCCCCACUUGAGCGAGAAGUUCCCCCGUGUGCGUUCGUCGUGUUACAGUCCGCUGUAAUUGGGGACACGGCGUCCGGAUGGACUGAGUGCCGCAGCUGGGAUCUUGUUGUUAUCACGCAGCUGGGAUCUUGUUGUUAUCACGCAGCUGCCAUGGGGGGCAAGCAGACCAAGGCCCAGGAGGCGGGGGGAGCCAGUCCGCAGCACAGCUGGAGAAGGACCCCCAGUAAGGAGCGAGGGGACCUGUUAGCGUCCCUCAUGCUGAAGUCGGGGGACAGGCUGAGUCGUGGCGGUACCCCGCCGCCUUACCAGCGCCGUAUCGGAAUGAUCCAGGAGAUGAUGCUGAUGGCAAAGCAGGGCAAGCAUGAUGAAGCCACGGAGAUGCUGAAGACCCUCAGACAGGACCUCGGCAUGGAGUCAACAUCACUGGAUGACGUGUUAUAUCGUUACGCCAGCUUUAGAAACCUUGUUGACCCCAUCACACAUGACCUGAUCAUCAGUCUGGCACGAUAUGUGCACUGCCCAAAAACGGAGAGAGAAUCUUUGGGGGCGAUGGAAAAAGUCUGCCGUCAGCUGACAUACCAUCUCAGCCCCCACUCUCAGUGGAGAAGACAAGGGCUGCUCAAGAGGAAACCUCAAGCCUGUCUAAAGGCAGCGUUGACCACCCCUCCGUCCAGCGGGGCGUUGGAUCUGUCUGGCAUCCCUCUGGCUGCUCGUGACAUGGAGCGUCUAUGUGCACAUUUACAACACCAUUCUUCCACCGUGGUCAGCUUGGAGCUGGGGUUUACCGAGCUGACCGAUGAGGCCUUCCUCCUCCUCCUGCCCACUCUCGCCGCCCUGCCUCGGCUGGAGACGCUGGCACUGAAUGGAAACAGGCUGACCAGGACUAUUCUCAAGGAGCUAACGGAUGCCCUAAAGGACCCAAACAGUUUCCCAAGUGUUACAUGGAUUGACCUGGGCAACAAUGUGGACAUCUUCUCCCUGCCACAACCUUUCCUGGUCAGCCUGAGGAAGCGUUGCCCUAAGCAGGGUAACCUCCCCACCAUCCUGGAGUUUGGAGAGAGUCAGGCCAGCGAUCCUCCCGAGAGGCUGAGAGGAAUGGGGGAAGACGAGGAGACUGACGACACCAACAGGACUGAGAGCAUGGCUGACCUGCCUUCGGAGGUGGAAGAGGAGCUGGAUGGCGAGCUGGAGAUAGAGGAGAUGAUGGAGGAGCUGCUGGACUUUGACCGGGAGGUGCGGGGCAAGGAGGAUGAAGACGAGAGCAUGUGGACCGUGGAGGAGCAGAGGAAAGGGAGGAGCAGGACAGAGAAGGAAGAUGUGCAGAAGAGCGAGAGGACGGGCCAAAAGGCAGUGAUGGCAGUCGAUGAGGACGACACACAAAGCCGCUCCUCUCAGUUGUCUUGCUCCAGCCAAUCACAAAACUCCUCCGCUGCUGCUGAGCCAAUGAGAGCACAGGAGGAGGGCUCUGAUAAUAGGACUGACAAAACACAGCACUUGACCUGAGUGCUGCUCGUUUUGCCUGUCUGCUUGAAUUAUCUCUCCUCCUGUACUGAGGCAAGACUUCAACCAGUCGGAUUCAGCCAGCCGAACCAAGGUGACUAACUAUUGGUGAAUCAAAGGAUGGCCAUGUUGGUGCAUAAAGAAACAACGUAAUGAUGCUCUUUGGUUUGGUAAAAAGCCUCUAAAAAUGGCUGCGCAGUGGAACCCGCUUAAGUCGUUCACCUUUAUGUCGACAAGCCCGUCCAUGUGGAACGACUCUGAACGAGAAAGUGCCAGCUCCCACUGACGUCACUGCUGUCUAGUGACACAUCAUUAAAACAGCACGCUGACUUCCUGUUCAGCGCAAAGUAAGUUUCAAAAUAAAAGGAUGCCAAUGUUAGCUUGGAUUGUAACAAAAUGCAGCAUUCACCGUAUUUCCUUGAAUUGCCACCGGGGCACUAAUUAAUUUAAAACCUCUUCUCACUCCUGCGCUUACCAAACGCAUGCGGUAAAAGUGAGCAUGCGCUGAUUAUUUUAAAACCUCUUCUCACUCCGGCACUUACCAAAUGUAUGCAGUAGAAAUUUGAGUGUGAUGUAAGCUUGGACCUUAAAUCCUACUGAAUAGCUCUUAAUCUUCUUCUCUUUAUGCGAUUUCAAAAUACCGGUAUUGAAAUCAGCCUCCUCCAUUUUGAAAAUGAGGACAGGGGAAGUGUCACUCGUGACGUCACGAGUUUGACCAGGCAGUAAUGCUAAGCAUGCGCUAAUUAUUUUGGGAAGCGAGUUUGACCCAGCAGUAAUUCAAGGCAGGCGCAUACUAUAUGCCCUGCGGCAAUUCAAGGAAAUACGGUAAUUAUAUUUUGCAGAAGACUUUACGCAUGUAUAAAAGCUCUAUAGAUGAAAUUUCAGCAGCAGCUCUGUUGGAAAAGAUUAAGAAAUAUCAUAUGAACACAGUAGAUUAAAAAUAAUAAUGAAAACCAUCUAAACAUACUUGUAUAGGUCAAAAAGCCUUUUUGUAUCGCUCAUUCGCAUUAUCCUUGCAAUUAUCCAAGCUGUGCCUCGGCUUGGUUUCAAUUUUGGUUAUGUCGACUGCCACUUAUGCGGACAGCCACUUAUGUCAGCGUCAGUCAGUCCGAGAGAGAGGCAUCGACAUGAACGGGUUCCACUAUAAGACCUUCAGGUGCCUGUAACAUCUGUCAAUAAUGGUUAGGACUGUGGGUCUGUAAAAAGCAGAAGAUGAGCAUCAAAUAUAAACGCAAGCUAUUUAAAAAUGCCUUAGCCAUAGGAGUGAUGUUUAAAAAGCUUCCCGUGUUAAUCAGAUGCAUUGGAAUAGGCAGAGAGUAAUGUCAAUAGAUUAGUAGGCACUAGCUAAUUAAUACAUGUAAUGAAAGGAUUGUACUAAAGUGAGUCUCCAUAGGAAAUCAAGCAUAAUGGAUGAAAAAAUUAGAGUAAGUGAUACAUUUUUCAGGUAUAAAUCUUAACAAAAUAAAUGUGCGGGAUAGACUAUGAAAUUCUAAACUCGUUGAAUUUGCACAUUUCGGGCCUGAUCUACUAAAGGUUUGCGUGUAUUAUUUAUACAUACACAAAAUAGCGAGCGGAAUCAAUAUUGUGUUUUUGUCUUCAUGUACUAUAUACAGUGGGGCAAAAAA